AUGUAUUCCUACUCAGUAGUCAAAAACAAUGAGGGUGAGCUAAAUGCUGUGCUGCUAGAGUUGGCUAGAAACAUAAUGGGGAAAGUGUCCAGCAAAGGAGUCCGGAUAAAACAAGAUGCCUCGAGGUGUCACAUAAAAGAUUUCAUUUCUAAAACACUUGUGCAACCUGACCAGCCGUUUGACCCUCCCUCUCUUCCACUUAAAGAAGAGGUUCCCUCUUCGAUACGGUCAAUAGAUGCAUUUGGACAAUUAUUUUCGCAUUUGCUUCUCGAGGUAGUUCAACCCAAUGUUGUCAUGCCCGAGUCAACUGAAAUUUCCUGUGCUAAAGCAGAAAAGCACUUUGAAAAUUACUCCAGCUCAGAACCUCGUAAUGUGGACGUGGAGACCGAGAGCAGCGAAUCCGAUUUGGAGAGUGAAGCUGAAGUUUCAUUUGAUGACCAAUUGCCUGCCUUACCAGAUGUGUACGAUAAGUUGAAAGAUUUCACAAAUUGUAAGUUAAACAAUUUGAGCACUGACAGGCCCCAGUUUCUACACCAAUCUGAUCCACAGGAUUCCAGACAGACAAAACAGUAUGAGGAUAUAAAGCUAAAAAAUCUAAAAUCUCCGAAAAAUAAAGUGGUCGAAUUCAAGAAUAGCAGCGACGAUGGUGACAGCAGAAUGUACCAAAUUGAGUACAAAGCAAAAGGAAAUAGACAACAUACAAAUGGGCUAUCUUUAACCGAUAGAAAAGUAAAAGGCAGAAAAUCUUUCAUGAGAAGGCAUCAAAAGGAGAUCGGUAGACAACAGGUUUCACGUAAAAACCUCGGAAUGUUUAAAGCAGAUGGAAGUAGACCAACAGAUGCAACUACUAGUGAUGACGAGGUAAUAUUUUCACACUGA